UCGAAUCUUAUUUAAUCCUUACGAUUCUUGUAAUCGAAUAAUCGACGGCGAGAUUCGUAUUAUUCGAUUCAACACAACAUUAACAAGAGUUUUAAUAAUGGAUUUGCGGAAAUCAAUAAGUCCAAUAAACGCUAAAACUUAUUAUUUAAGCCCAACAUAAAGUGGCGGAUGUAGAGAUGUGAACUUCCAAAUAUAAAUUUUUCUUUAGCUACUAAAUAUUUGUUUUCAAAGCAAAUACUAGAUUAUAUGGUAAACAUAUAUGUAUUUCAGAUGUUCAUCAAGCAAGCGCAAUAGUAUGAAAUUGUUAUCGUAUCACCAAAGCUAAAUGUUAUGCUACCGAAAUAAAUUUUAGUUUUUUCACUUGAAUUGCUGUCAUACCGAAUGCAGGCUAUGAUUUGUUUCAUGCUGCCAACUACUCUCCUCUGCUUCAUCCAGCUUCUUCCCACGCCACUGUAAAUACCACUUUCACCCACACCUUCCUCAUUCGCUGGCUGUUUGCUAUCUGUCCCGUUGUGUGUCUAGCAGAUUUUUGUUUUCUCUUUCGGAAGAUCGUAUAUUUUAUUGUCCGUCCGCCCUGUACAUAUGUAGUUGUUCGAAUGAAUAGCAUCCUUCUUGUCAUUGACAUUGCCGUCGCUGUCGUCAUUGCCACCAUUGCCACCAUUGCCCUCUCCAAUACCAAUAUCACCAAUCGGCAUCGACAUUUUUCCUUAUCUGCAUUACUUGCACAAUUCUCAUUAAAAAUUGCACUGCAGCUGCUGUUAUUGUAAAUAAAAGAAAAAAAUUCCAUCGCUUUGCUCCCACCAUUUGUCGUUCGUUUGGCGAUCAUUCAGAGCUAAACGUCACUGCUUUCGAAAAAUUGGCGCUAUCCGUGUAUUUGUCGGACAAAUGCGCUCCUCAGUUGGUGUUGGACAUAGCUGGUGGAUGGACGUGCAUUGCGGUUUAUAAGCGCAGCAUAUUAGUUCGGCGUAGUGUGACUCAAAAUCUGUUUGAAUCGUUGAGAACCAGCUAACUCGUUAGUCACGGCAAGACAUAGCAGACAUGACGGAAGGCAAACGCCUGUCGAUUGCGCCGAAACGCCGUAUAAUUACCUCUCAAAAUCCUACUACCACCGGUCGGAGUCUCGUUGGCGUCAUCGAUGAGGGUACCAGUAGCGUGCAGUUCUCCUUAUACUCGGUGCCUUUUUCAAAGAAGUGGCAAAGUUAUCAAAUUGAGUUGACGAUGAUCACGCCACAGGCUGGUUGGUAUGAACAAAAUCCUGAACUGAUGGAUGCCAUUUAUGAAUGCUGUGAAAAAGCCUGUGCUCAGCUACCUGAAUUGGGUUACAGCGUCGCAGAUAUCAAUUGUAUUGGCGUAACGAAUCAGCGGAAACGACAGUUGCUUUGGGACUCACGCACUGGACAGCCGCUAUACAAUGCGCUCGUUUGGAAGGAUAUGCGCAGUGAGCAGUGUGUGGAUAGAGUGCUCUCAAAAUUGGAUAAUCAAGACAAAAAUCAUUUCAAGCACAUUUCCGGUUUGCCAGUUUCGCCAUACUUCUCAGCGUUGAAAUUGCGUUGGCUCUUUGAUAAUGUGGCCGAAGUGAGGAGGGUUCACCGCGAGGGCUUUUGUAAGGCUGGCACAAUUGACACAUGGAUUGUCUGGAAUCUUACUAAAGGCGCAUUGCACAUAACCGGUACAAAUGCCUCACGUACACUUCUAAUGGAUAUCGAUACACUGCAUUGGCAUCCACAGCUGUUGCGUACUUUCAAAAUUGACAAAAGUAUAUUGCCAGAGAUACGCAAGUCUGAAAUUUAUGGGCUCAUCACCAGCGACAGGUGUGUACUCACUGGUGUACCGAUUAGUGGCAUUCUGGGCAAUCAACACGCUUCACUGCUGGGUCAGAUGUGUGUGAAGCCAGGUCAAGCGAAAAAUACCUAUCGUUCUGGCUGCUUUCUGCUUUGUAAUAUUGGCGAACGUCCAGUUAUCGCGCAUGGUCUUAUCACCACCGUCGCCUAUAAGUUGGGUCCCAAUAAGCCGGAUUAUGCGCUAGAGGGCUCUGUGGCAGUGGGCGGACACGCGCUACGUUGGCUAGAGACACGCAUGCGUGUGUUAAAAGACUACAAGAAUGCAGAAAAGAGCGCCGAGGAGGUGGCAAACGGGGAUGUAUAUUUUGUACCGGCCUUUACCGGUCUCUAUGCACCCUAUUGGCGAAAGGAUGCACGUGGCUUGAUCAUUGGACUGACACAAUACUCAACAAAACAUCACAUAGUGCGCGCAGCAUUGGAGGCGAUAUGUUUUCAAACACGCGACAUACUGGAGUGCAUGCAUCAGGAGAGCGGAUUUCAUCUGAAUAAAUUGCAUGCAGAUGGUUCGGUCAGCAUGAAUGAUUUACUUAUGCAAGCUGCAGGCUGAUACUGCUGGACUAACGUUUUUCGUUCACAAUUGACGGACACGACGACAUUCGGUGCGGCAUUGUGCGCAGCGCAAGCGGAAGGUAUUGAUUUGUUUGACUUUCAUCCGGACGAAGUGGCUUAUGAUGUGGUGGACUAUGAUAUCUUCUUACCAACGAGCACCGAUGAUGAACGGCAUCAUCGCUAUAGCAAAUGGAAGCGUGCUGUGGAGCGCAGUAUGGGUUGGGUAAUUAAGAAAACCAGCCGCCAAAUAACCGAUGAAACAUACAACUUAUUGUCCUCGAUACCGGCGGCAUUGUUUAUAAUGAGCACCUUUGCCAUGAUCAUACACUCGACGACUGUGGGGAAAUAACGAUACAAAAAACGUAUAGUACAUACAUAUUAAAUUAAUCUCAAAUGCAGAUAAAUUACAUAAUAGGACAUAUGUAUAUAAUGUAUAUAAUGUAUAUACGUACGUUAUAUGUUAUAACUAUGAAGUUAAAAGUUUAACUUAAUUUGUUAAGAUGUUUCAGAAAGUCUUUGUUUC